AUGAAUAAAGUUUUUUCAGUUGUAAAAUUUACAGACUCAAAUAAACGUUUGAGCAAUGUAAGCAAGCAUCUGUAACCAGAUGACUCUCCAAACAGAAGAAAUUCUUAUGGCUUAUUGAAUAUUUCUCAGUCCACUGCUCAACAAUAAGUGUCCUCUCAUAAUUAAGGUAGUCCAGCUCCUCAAUAACAAGAUUAAAAAAAUCAAGGACAAGUUUAUGCUAAACUCAAAAAAACUUUCGGACUACCAAACUAAAUCUUUGGUAUCGAAAAUAGAGAUGAAAGAGACUUGAAGAUUUUAGAAUUUAUGGAGAAGAAAAUCAGGGAUGACUUAAGUUAACUAGAUCAAACCUAGAGAGAGCAUUAGACUAACAUUGAUAGGUUUAACAAAAACAUCGGGGAGUUGGGGGAUAGAUAGUCAUAAGAGAGAACUAAAGAUAUCAUUUAGUUGCAGACUAAGCAUAAAGCUCUGGAGAAGAAACUGAAGACUUUCCUACUAGAAGAAAAACUGAAUGAUUUUAAAGAUGGUACCAAUGUCACAGUGACUUAGGAGUAAAUCGAUCAGCUGAACAAAAGUAGAAUGAAAAGACAAAUUGUCAUGCAGGAGUAUCUUAUGGAGAUGACAGGAUUUAGAAUGGACAGACUAAGGUAAUUAGGGAUCACUGAAUAAAACUAAGAUAACACAAUGGCAAGUGCACAGUCAAAAGCAGCUGUAGUUCAGUCUGUGAGUAAGUCAUAGUACUUGAAAAGCCUUGAAAAGUCCUAGUUCAAGCAACUAAAUGAUUCAGUUCCUGCAGGUAGAAGGCAGCAUUUGCAAAAUCAAAGAUUGAAAGGACAGAAGAAUUGGAAUAAAAAAGCAAAGAGUGCGAAAUCUCUUAGCAUGAAGAAGUCAAGCUUUGCCUUGGAUGUAGGCUAGAAGAUUAGAGAUAUGCUGUAAAAUGAUGAUGACAAGAAGGAAUGGAACCCUGAACUAGAAAAUUAGUACAGGGAGUAUAGGAAAAUUGCUAAGAAAAGAAUGAAUGAAAUGCCUGGAGCAAGGAGGGAUAAGUAUGAUGAUGUCACAACUCUCGCAGUUAGGAAAGGUAAUAAAGCUUGGGAAAAACUAGACUCAGAGAGAUAAUAUGAAUUGGAAUAUAAGCAGAGUUCCAAUAAUUUUAAUGAUGUCAAUACGACUGAGGAUAAAAAACUUAAGAGAUUCAAUUAUGAUCAGGUUAGAAAGAUUAUAAUGAGAAGUGAUUUUGUUAAACAGAGCACUGAUAAGGUAGAGCUAGACAAAAAGUUGCGAGAGCUCAGCAAGGAUGAGAUUGAUAGUAUUGAAAACGAAAUUGCAGAAAAGAUUAUUGACAAAUACCAAGGACUUCAAAAAUAAAAGACAUAUCUAGGUGAAUUAAAUGAGGCUUAUCAUAUUCAGGAGUCUUAAAAGCUCCUUAUUAAGCCCAAAAAGAUACUCAAAGCCCAAGAGAAGGUCUAAAAAAUGCAAAAAUCACUCUAGGACUCAUAGAAAACUGUGAUUAGAGUAAAUAACUUUUUAAAAUACCAGAUGGAAAACACUAUGAUACCUUAAGACUUACACAAUAGACUAAUGGUUAAAUCUCGUAGCUCCAUUGACUUUAGGAAGGAGGCUUUGAAAAAAUUCAGAUUAUAGUAGAAACUUUAAAGAUCUAGAAACUUUGAGGCAGAUGCUGAGACUAUAAAAGAUAAUAACAAUACAGAUAAUCUAUCAAAAACUAUUACAAGUGCGUUAGGUAGCUCAAUUGGGAACAACUUAUCUAGCAGUAGACUUAUCUCAAAAUCGAAUUCGAUUGUAAAUGUGGAUCAUAAACAAUAAUUUUUAAAGAACAUGUAAUCAGGUAUCCCAUCGAAAUAAGAAUUAAACUACUUUGCCCCUAAAUUAAUAAGACCCCUAUCUCAAAGCACUUUACUUACAGGAGGUCCUCCGAGAAUUAUUAAUGCAAAAAAUUUGGAAAGCUACGUGAGAUGGAUUGAUGCCCAAGAUUUGAAAAAACUGAUAAGAGCUGCUGCUAAAAUCCAGUCUGCUUUUAGGACAUUUGUUAUAAAGCGAAAAUAUUUCUAUGCCCUCAACAGUGAUAAAGCCAACAUUAAUAAGACUAAAAGAGUAGUUCUUCAAGAGCUUACCUAGAAAGUAGAGCAAAUUAAGGAAUUAGAAAGAGAGAAGAAUAGAGCAUCAGGUUUUGAUCAAAAUCAGAGUAGUAGCAGAGAUAAAAGAAUUCGACAUAUAAAGAGAGGAGACUUCAGCUGUUUAAAGUCAGAGAAUAAGAUAAUUAAUGAGUCUAAGAUGCUUACUGUAAAAUUAAAGAGAAGUAAAUCCUCCAUUUCGAUUAUGUCAAGUAAAACUUCAAAUCAAAAAGCACAUAAUGAGAAAGCAUUAUUCUACGCAGUAUAUAAUUAAGACAUUGGCCUACUGAGAUAUUUAUUGACAGACUAGAGCUAUGAUGUGAUGAGUAUGGAUCAACAAGGAUGUACUAUUCUGCAUUCAGCCAUAAAACUCAAUAAAAAGUAAAUAGCUCUUUGCAUACUCUAAGAUGGAUGCAAAAAUGACCCAGCUAAGUAGAAAUAACUAAUGUGUGUUAGAGAUAGAUAUGGUAAUUUGGCUUUUGACUAUUUAGAUAAAGAUUAUGAGGUGCUUUUGCUAUUAGAGAUGAAAGGAAUAUGUGUUCAUUAAGUAAAUGUAAAUGAAAUGGCAAGUGAAAUGGAUUAUUUUAAUGAUAAAUAAGCGAAAUAAGACAAUGGAGUGUGUAAGAUAGUUAAAAAAAUUAAAUGCAUGAGAGAUAUUCCCACUUAUGUCAAUUCAAAUCUAUAUUUUUUGUGA